AUGGCUUCUUUUCAAAGCUUGCGAACCCGUUAUACCUCACUGCUCAAGAAGUUCACGGCUUCCACGAAGGACUUCGAGGUUUUUACCACCAUCCCUACAGAUGGUUCCCCGCAGCCAAGAAUCCUCUAUGUGCUAGAUUCGUCUUUCAACCCACCAACACGAGCACAUCUUCGCAUUGCUAGCUCUGCCCUCCUCGAACGCCUUGAGCCAGAUUCCCGACUACUCCUUCUCCUUGCCACACAAAAUGCCGAUAAACCAUCAAAGCCCGCGUUAUUCGAAGAUCGUCUUACAAUGAUGGAGCUCUUUGCGCACGAUCUGCGAUCACACCUAGCUACGAGUACAUCAUCUAAGGAGCAUACGCCAUCAAUGGACCGCAUCCCAGGCAUUGAUAUUGGCGUAACCAAGAAACCAUAUUUCAUCGACAAGGCGGCCGCAAUUGAGGCCUCGGGAAUUUACCCAACCCCACUUGAACAGGUUCACCUAACGGGGUACGAUACCUUGAUCCGCAUCUUGAAUACGAAAUAUUAUCCCCCAGAUCAUACGCUAGAUUCUCUGGCACCGCUGUUCUCACAACACAGACUGCGCGUGACACUGAGACCCAGUGAUGAAUGGGGAAGCAGGGAGGAGCAGGAGUCUUUCAUACAGGCCCUUGCUCGAGGGGACCGUGAGCAUGAGGGUGGACGAAAGGAAUGGGCGGAUAAGAUCCAGCUUGUCGAGGGCAGGAAACCCGGUCAAGAACCGGUGAGUUCUACCAGGGCGCGCGAGGCAAUACAAUCUGCUAGCCCAGAUUUGGAAUGGCUCGUGCCUGACAAUGUACGCCAAUUCUUACUAGCAGAGAAGCCAUAUUGUACAGAAAGCUCUCUUUGA